UAGGUGUUUCCGGUGAUGAAUUUAGUGUCUUACGAUCACCACAAUCUGUCAUUUUCCGAGAUGGAAGGGCCAAUACCAGGGGAGCGGAUCCCAGACAUAGCAGCAUUAUCCAUGGGCUUUUCUGUUGAAGAAGAUCUUUCCUGGCCUGGGCUUGCAGUGGGUGAUAUAUUCCAUCGUCCUCGCGCUACUGUUCUUGUGACUGUAAAGGGAGUAGACAAGCUGGUGAUGCCUAAAGAUGGAGUUUCUUAUCCUGUUGAGAAUGCUGUUCCUUUCAGUCUUGACAGUGUUGCAAAUGCUAUUCACACCUUGUUUUCUGAAGAAACCCCUGUAGUCUUACAGUUGGCUCCUAGUGAAGAAAGAGUGUAUAUGGUGGGAAAGGCAAAUUCUGUAUUUGAAGACCUUUCCGUCACGUUGCGACAGUUACGGAACCGCCUUUUCCAGGAUAAUUCCAUUCUCAGUUCUCUUCCCCUCAACUCCCUCAGCAGAAACAAUGAGGUUGACCUGCUCUUUCUAUCAGAACUACAAGUCCUGCAUGAUAUCGCCAGCUUGUUGUCAAGACAUAAACCUGGCAAAGGAUCACUCUCCAGAUCUCUAUUCACUGGAAUUGGCUGGGUUAGAAGAAAUUGGGAAACGUAUGGGGAAGACUCUCUGCAAUUCAAGGAUGCCUCUCAGAUUCUUGCUGAUUCCCUGCAAAAGUUUGCCGAUGAGAUGUAUAAUCUCUAUGGUGGGAAUGCCGUAGUAGAGGUGGUGACUGCAAAGACAUUUGAUACGCCCCUUGUGAGGAAGAGUCGAUCCAUUCUCCAGUCUUCACAGAGCACCUCAUAUAACCUAGGAUAUCCAUACAACUUCAACUACGCUGUGGUCUUUAACAUAGUUCUGUGGCUCAUGAUAGGCCUUGCAUUAGCUGUGAUUGUAAUCUCCUACAACCUCUGGAACAUGGAUCCUGGCUAUGACAGCAUUAUUUACAGGAUGACAAAUCAGAAGAUAAGAAUGGAUUGAACUUCAGUCCAGGGAAAGAAGUGUAUGGCUACUUCCAAAAUGUGUACAAAAAUUAAUAUUUUUGUCAUGAUUUAAGGAAGUCCACAUUUAAGGUGCUUUUAUUUCACUAACGAUCCCUUGUGUUUUCUUUAGGCUUUAGAUGAGUGAACUUACAAAACUGAAUCUAUAGUCUGCUAUAAAACCAUGGUCUACUAGUUACUAAAUGAUAAACUUCAUUCCAUUUUAGUAAUGCAAAAUGAAUUUUAGAAAUAAUACCCUGUAUUGCUUGUGAUAUUGUGUGUAUGUGUGGGGGGAAAUGCACUGAAAUGACAGCAACUUUCUGAUUUAAGCUUUUUACACUGGAGAGUUAAACUAUUAAGCUCUGUUGUAUAUUAUGAACCAGAUGUAAAUGUUUAUGUUGAUGUAAAUAUUUCUAAUGGUACAUGAAGUGUUCAGGGAAAAACAGAUUAGCCCUUUGUGUAAAAACCUUCAAUAUGGGAAUAGUUCCACAAAAACAGUUCUGGGUUGAAACCGUAUUUGGGGUUGGGUUUUUUAACAUUCCAACCACCACCAUUAACCUUAAGGAACAUGAGGGUUGGUGUAGAUCUUACUAGCUCACUGCUGCAUUUAGAAGGACUCUGGAGAGAUGAUAGCUAGAAACAUUGGUGUGGUUGGUCUGUAAUAGUCAGGAAACUACAAAUGUAGAAAUAGUUAAGUGGAAUGUCAUACUGUAGAAACUUACAGUAUGAUGCUUAUUUUUUUUCUUGUGUGUUGUAGCUAUUCAAAACACCUGCUUUUGGUGGUGAAAGUGGACCAAUAAUUGGCACUCAUCCAGACUCCAUUUUUAUUACUUCAACCCAUUCACUAAAUAAAACAAGUAACACUUGCACUUGAGUUAUUUUCCUAUUGAGGAACUUAAGCUAAACCAAGCAAAUGUAGGCAGCUAGAUGUGUGUAAUUACAUUAGGCCACCUUAAACAAAGUUUGCUGUAACUUCUACUCCUGAUUGCUAUUGGCCUGCUGGGUGACCUUGAGUAAGUCACUCCCAUCAGAGUGCCUCUGUUUUCCCCAUAUGUAAAAAAAACUGGGAUGUUACUGACCACUCAAGUAGAGUAUUUCAUGCAUAGAUCUCAGAGUGAUUUGAAAGUUAAUACUGAAAGGCUUUUACAAGCCAAUAAAGCUCUAAGUAUUUGAAGUUA